AUGGUUUUUCAAUCUACAGGAAGCAAGUUGGCACUAAGUCAUAUGCAUGAUUGGCUGAUUCUUCUGCUUCUUGCUGCUAUGGAUGGAGCCUUGAACAUGAUAGAACCAUUCCAUCGCUACAUUGGGAAAGACAUGAUGAGAGACCUUAUGUUCCCAUUCAAAGAAGAUACCAUACCCAUGUGGGGUGUCCCUGUAGGUACCUGCUUCCAUCAUGCUAAUAAUCCAUGGAGAUACCUCAAAAUUAUACCUUAUACCAUUAAGGAGAUCCUCUCUAUUUUCAUCCCCAUUCUUAUCUUUAUUGCGUUUUACUUUGCCAGAAGGGAUGUCUAUGAUUUACACCAUGCAACAUUGGGUCUCAUGUUUUCAAGCUUAAUCACUGGAGUCAUCACUGAUUCCAUUAAAGAUGCUGUUGGUAGACCGCGACCAAACUUCUUCCACCGGUGUUUCCCUGACAAUAUACCUGUGUUUGAUAAAGACAAUGGUGAUGUUCUUUGUACUGGGAUUAAGGCAGUUAUAAAGGAAGGAUACAAAAGCUUUCCAAGUGGGCAUACUUCAUGGUCCUUUGCUGGUCUUGGUUUCCUUUCAUGGUACUUAUCAGGGAAAGUUAGAGUGUUUGAUCGCAGGGGGCAUAUUGGGAAACUAUGCCUAGUCUUGCUUCCUUUACUUAUUGCUGCUCUUGUGGGAAUUACUCGAGUUGAUGAUUACUGGCAUCAUUGGACUGAUGUGUUUGCUGGAGGCCUUAUAGGACUUACCGUGUCUUCAAUCUGCUAUUUGCUACUCUUUCCUUUGCCUACUCAUCCACAUGGUUGGGCUCCUCAUGCUUUUUUUCUUAUGAUGAGAGAGAGUGAUUCUCCUUCCCAACGAGGAAGCCAAACUCCAGAUACAACAAGACUAGAUGAGUUUCCCCUGCAAAUGGCGGAAAUGGAAAGUGGGACAAGAUAUAUGUGAAUGUGUGAUUGCUGAUUUCUGUUAUGCUAUAUGCUUCUUUGACGAAAUGGAUUAUAGGCAGUUUAGAAACAUUUGGCAGUGUUGUGUCCAUGUAUACAUCUCUAAUAGGUACCAUGCAAGAUUGCAGUUUCCUUAGGUCGAACUAAGAAUUAAUAUUCUCCAAAGUAGUGAAAUUUAUAAUUAAU